GAACGAGAACAAUAAAAACAAAUACAGGAUUAUAAAACAUCGGCUCAAAUUUUGGAGAUUUCAUCGCGGAUCGACCGAGACAAUCGACUCUGCUAUUUUGCUCGUGAAGCGCAACUCCAACUUGAUUGAACAUUUUACUGAAAACAGAAACGGAAAUGGAAAUGAAAAGGAAAAUGAGAGGAAGGAAAAGAAAAUGAAAAAUGAAAAAGGAUUGCCAUCAUCGACGUAUGAUGAUAUUGAUGGGCAAGGAAACCGUAGUGGAGAGGCCCGAGCUCAAGAAAUAGGUAGAGUGAGAGUGAGGGGAGGAGGAGAGGGCAAUGAAGAUGAAGAAGAAGAGGAAGAAGGGAAAGUGAAUAUGCACAAACAUAGGAUGGAUCUGCGAGUUGAUCGUGCUGAAGGUGUUUGCACGCUCAAGAUUGCCACAUCAUUAGUGUGCAUGGUCGCGGGGACAGGUACACUGAGUAUGCCUUAUGCGGUUGCACAAUCUGGAUGGUUAGGGGUUGUGAUCGUUAUGUUGGCCUUAUUCAUGUCCACAACCACUGGAAAUAUGCUUAUCCAAUGUCUCUAUCUCAACACCGAUAGGAGGCGUAGUUCAUUUCAACAAAUUGCACGGGAUGCAUACGGAAGUAUGGGUCAUUAUAUUGCUGUUGGAGCCGUCGGUAUCAAUCUUUUUGGAUGCGCCAUCUUGUACAUUAUCUUGGCUUCAACCCUGAUUCACGGCAUGGUAGCAAACCCGAACGAUCCCAGUGUCCCACCCUCUACUUUUUUCAUAGGAUGUUCGCUCUUUGUCUGGGUCUGCUUGAUUUUCACAAAGUCUAUGAAAGAGAUUGCCGUUCUCAGUCUGAUUGGCGCAGGUGCGACAGUUGGGGUUGUUAUGAUCACUGUAGGAGUCUCUGCAGAGAUGGUCAUCCAUAGAGCCGUAGAAGCUGUUGCAGCGACUCAUCAAUUCGCUGAUUGGUCCAAGGUUCCGCUUUCGUUAGCAACCAUGUCUUAUGCAUAUGGUGGGAAUGUUGUGUAUCCACAAGUGGAACAGACCAUGAAACACCCACGAAAAUGGUCAACUGCCUUGUGGCUCGCGCUCUCGACCUGCUUUGUGAUGUAUAUCUCGAUUGCUGUGGCUGGAUAUCUUGCAUUUGGGAAUUUAACCAUGAAUCCGAUCUUGGAGAAUCUUCCUCAUGGCGUAUGGUCUACCUUGGCCAAUUCACUCAUUACUCUACACGUGCUCCUUGCUGCGCCGAUUCUCUUGGCUUCAUUUGCUGUGAUGAUCGAGGACUCGAUCGCUGCACGUGCCCCUGCCUUUGAACAAGGAACAAAAUCCCAACAAUUUCUAAAAAGAGCAACUUCCAGGACAAUCGUCAUCCUCUUCGCGGGAUUAGUUGCGUCAGCGCUUCCAUAUUUUGGCGACCUGAUGGAUCUGUUGGGAGCCCUCGCAACCUGCCUUUUGGUGUAUGUGAUGCCUGUCUUGUUCUACUAUCGAUUAGGAGGGAUGAAAAAUGUAUUCUGGCUGAAUCAGAUGUGGAUAUGGUUUAUUUUCGUUGUGGGGAUGGUCGUCAUAGUAGUAGGCACCUAUGAUGCCACCAAACAUCUAAUAGAGGAUAUUCAGCACCAUUGAACGCUUCC